CCCGACUCUACCCUUUGAACACCGCGGCCACUAUGCGCAGGAGUGAUUUGCAAGGUUUGUGCGAUGAUUUGAGGGAAUUGAACUCCAAGUGUUGCACCAUUUCUGUGGGUUACACCAUUGUAUCACCAGGUCGUUGGUUUUUUUUCCUUGUUUUUUUUUUCCUUGCAGCUACGAUUACAAGUAGCAGUAGCAAAUAACAUCUGCAUACGAAGUGAAAGUUGAAGUUGAAGGUUAGUGCUAUUCACAUAUUUCUGGGCGGUGAACAAGCAGGUGGUGGAAAUCGGCAGUCGAAAAAAAUGGUCGGCAGUAGUGGGCUGAUGUGGCUACGAGUACUAAAGCUUCUCCUCUGGGUCGGCCGCCUCAACGUGGCUCGGGGAGCGGCCGGGAGUUUCCACCCUGGAGUCGGAGAUCCUGAACCCGAACCCGCAGAAACAGAGGAGGAUCGGGAGGCACUAAGAUACCUCCUCGCCGCCGCCGAAAGUCAGGUGAUGAAGCUACGGACCCGGCUGGGGCUCAACGUCGACGGCAGUGCGAUCGCUGGGGGCCAAAUAUCGGAGCGCCAUGAAGCCACGAGACCGUCGUGCGACCAGGUUGCCGUGGACGCGGGGUGCUGCGACGAAAUGGGCCGGAUCAUCCGCACGUUUGGCGAGAACGCAGCCUGGCGAGGGCCUACGUCACCGACCACUGCAGCUGGAACAGCAUAUAGUGCCGCUACUAAGAAUGAACUCUGCUCGCGAUGCGGAGGCCCCGUCCAAAGUCGCUUGAAAAAAGCAGGCACCAGUGUGCAUUUCUCGUUUGACGAAGACGAGAAUGCAAGAAGCACACCCGUGCUUACAAUUCCUUCAGGCGCCAGCACGCAUCUUCGACCAAGGCAAGAAGAUUCCGAGGGAGAUAACUCUUCCUCUUCCAGUGAAUCGGGUGCCGAGGACGAUGGAGAUUUUGAUCGUCGUAGCACGCCCAGUGCGUUGACGCAGCAAGGUAAAAAGUGCGAAAAUUUCAUCUUGCAUCAAGCUGAGCAGCGCACCUUUGCUUGCUCGCUAUUUCCGGAUGGGGAUCAUGAAGUAUCCACCUUCAUCGCAGACAGCCACGCAGCGCAAACCUCUCCUGUGGGUCGUGAGGGUGUGAACUCUAGCGAAGAUGGCCCAGAAGUCCUGCAGAAGACCUCGAGUCCACCGUCGGGGACGACGGCUCCUCGCAGCACCCGGCAAAUAAAGAACGCAGCGUUUCGCAGCGGCGGACAGGUGGAAGAAGGACCGAGCAAUGUAAAGAAAAAUCGUGCCUCGGCUGUGUCCGAAAACGUUCGAAAGGCAGCCCGGAAGAAAGAGAAGCCGGCGAUUUGCGACACAAGUUCUCCGACGAGAAGUGCAGCAAAAACUACUACACUCGCAGAUGAUUCUAGUCGUCGUGGUGGCCUUCGCCUUGGGAGCGAUAGCUUUCAAAUCGCUCUGAAGGAGCAAGCGAGAGAAGAAGCGAGGUUCCUGAGCAGAAGCGGAAAUAAACAAAAACGGACGGGAAACGCGGGCAGAGUGCAGCUCGGAGGAAAAACUUCGACGGGCCCGCAACAUAGCCAAGAAGCAGUGGAGGAGCAGAGGACCUCCACGCGAAAUGCUGCAUAUGGUAGUAUGCUUCCUCAACCGCAGAAAACAGAUGAGUUUCCUGCAAGCGCCGGAGAUCAAGAUCAACUAGCAGACGAGUUGGAGUCCGUGCGUGCAAGGCUCUCUAGGCUGUCAGUCUCCUAUGGUGACAGGCUCGGUCAGGUGCGCGACUUUGUCGUGCCUAGCGGUAGAGAGAUUACAAAUGCAUGCGACCACCUCGUCUCGGUGUGCCGUGGAGCAGCGGUUUCCACCGCGAACGACGUGAUACGGUGGGUCUAUUUCUUCCACAAGUUGGGGUGCUCGUCGGUUCGCGGACUAGUCAAACACAUUGAAGCGACCGAUGAGCACUACUGGGCGACCCUUAAAGAACGCCUAAAAGAGCGGCAGCCGCCUUCCGGGAAGCAGAAACGCACUGCAAGAAGAAUGGCCGCAGCAAGUCGUGGGCAAAACAGAGGCUCGCCCGCGCAAGGUAGCGUCGAAGCAGGGGCCAUAGUACAACCGGAGGGCAGCAGCUGCGCUUCGGAACACAGCGACGCUAUGCCUCUUUGCACGACCGCACCCGAAAACAAGACGGGAGGUUGGUGGCAGAUGUGUUGUGCAACCAUGGUUGGAACCGCCGGCGCGCUUAUUUUUGCGCAUUGUGCAACUCUGGAUAUCGCGGUGACGCGGUGUCAUGCCCCAGUCAUGUUACAGGCCGGAGGGGCGUGGCUAGAAGAUAAAAUAUGCGAGCUAGAGGUGGAACGGAUGCGGAAGAAGUACAAGGUCUCGGAACAAUUAUAUCCAGCAGAGUUUGAUGCCGUGACUAGUUCCGGCAACCCGAAUGAUAUGAUCCCGAGGACACAAGCAGUGAAUAGAGUAAAAGGUGAUCUUCAUGCGCGUGCGAUCGCGGCAGCAAAGAGCGAAGUGGGCCGCUGUGUCUACAGGUGGAGAAAGUGCUCUAUAGACGAGCUGCUUGCGGAGAUCAUGGACGGCUCUGAUUUGGAUGCGGAGGACAGCGAUGGCAGGCAGCGGUGGUGGAAUUCGAGCGAGAGUCAACAUCCGGGGGGACCAGGACUUUUUGCCUCCACAGAUUGUACCCACGACUCGACAUCAACCUGCGCGACCGAGGCCAGGGUGACAGACAGCGCGUCUGUCGCGCACGAGUGUCGUGGAGGUGCACGGGACGAAGCCGCGGCGCUUCGAGUUCUCUUGGAGAACGCACCGGCAGUUGAAGGGUAUUUGUGUGAUCAUGCAAUUUUUUGGUCGUGGUUCCCGUUCUCGCCCGAGCGGGCGCGUCGCGUCAACGAGAUGUCGCCAGAAUUUCCGAAACUGCAGUUUUACAUCCGGGAGGCCUGCAGAGAACGGGGAAUGCUCGUUCACUCGUUUCACGCACUUUUCGAAACUUUCGACGAGUUUUUCAAGCAGGUGCUCUCAGAAUGCAGCGCAGAUAAAGACAGAACCACACUUGCGGAUGAACGCAGAGUGAUGGGCCUUCCCUGUGCGCACGUGUAUGAGGCUAUCCGAAAGGUUCGGGAACAAUGCGGUCAGCAGGCCCUCAGGGAGAGGACAUAA